AUGACCUACGGCACGAGACUCCUGAGGGGACGUCCCGCGCCUGGAGUUGACGCCGAUACGUAUUUUCGCGACCUGUAUCUGAGCGAACUUGACUUCAGACAACUUGGCCGUGAGGAUCCGGAGUUUGGCCUGCUGCUUCGCAGUGGAAACCUCAACUUCAAUAAUCCAGCUGCUGUCAUGCAGCUUACCAAAACGCUGCUCAAAAUCGACUAUGGUCUUAAGAUAGAACUUCCUCAUGACAGGUUAUGCCCUCCUGUCCCCGUCCGCCACAAUUACAUCCUAUGGCUCAAGGAGCUCAUUGACGGCUCAUCCUAUGCCGAGCGAGGCCGAAAGGUGACGGGCCUCGACAUUGGUACCGGGGCAAGCUGCAUCUACCCUCUACUUGCUUGCCAACAGCGCAACUGGUCUUUCAUUGCAACCGGUAACGUUGAUCCCAAGAGCCUCAGUUUCGCCAAGAAGAAUAUUGAGUUAAAUCACGUCCAGCAUCGCAUUCAGGUUAUCUCUCGGCAAAGCUCAGACCCCCUCAUCCCAGCACAUCCAGCGACCGUCGACUUCACAAUGACCAAUCCCCCUUUCUACGAAUCCGACGCCGACCUCCUUGCCUCUGCGAAGCAGAAAUCCCGUCCUCCCUUGUCGGCGUGCACGGGCGCCGCGGUGGAGAUGGUCACACCCGGCGGCGAAGUUGCCUUCGUCACGCGCAUUCUCGAAGAGUCUCUUACCCUCCGCGACGCAAUUCAGUGGUACACGUCCAUGCUUGGAAAGCAGACCAGCCUUGAGACAAUCGUAGAAAAGCUGCGCGAGUACGGCAUAAACAACUACGCCGUCACCGAGUUCGUGCAGGGGAACAAGACGAGGCGAUGGGCGGUUGCAUGGAGCUUUGCACCAAUGAGGCCAUCAGCACACGCGUCGAGGGGCAUGAAAGCUGAUAAAUGGAAAAGAUACUUUCCGCCGAGUAACGAGGUCGAGAUUCUUACCAUUCCGCUGGAUGUUGGUGUCGGCGCAGUAGCUGAGAGGGUCGAUUCGCUCAUGACCUCGCUCGAGCUCGUAUGUUGGGCGUGGGAUAAGCACAAACUCCGCGGAACGGGGCGCGCACGGGAGAAUGUCUGGAGCCGAGCCUGGCGGCGCAAGAAAGCGAGAGAACAGGAAGGAGGGAAGAAUAAAGCUCCAGAUGGCGAUCAUGACUCAAGUUUCUGCGCGCUUGGAUUCGAGAUUGACAUCGAUAUCAGGAGGGCCGGCAUGGUGGUAUCGUGCCGAUGGAGAGAGGGUCUCGAGUUGUCUGUCUUCGAGAGCUUCUGCGGAUUUCUGAAGACUCAAUUGACGCAUUUGAAUUAA